UUCUCACUUUAAAUUUUCUUAACCUGCAGAAAUUCAUUUACCAAAAUCGAAUAUAAAGCUUAUGAACUUUCUAUCGACACUCUCUGAAAACCGCGUUUGGGUAAAUGCCCGUCUCUUUCCUUAUCUUAGACGCCACCAAGGAACAAACUUUGUCCAACCCAAUAAAGAAUUCACUGUCAAUGCAAAUCCUCUUUGGAAACGCUGACCUGGAGUCCACACUCAAAGCUCUUCCCUCUCGCUACUCGCCACUCUAUAAAUACCGCAUUUCUCCAUCAAAUCUUUUCAUUCGACACCGACUCGACACCAGCAGCAACCAAAAUGGCCUUCUUUCUCUGUUUCCUCCUCUCUCUCGUCGUCUCUUCUGCCACUGCUUGUGAUCGCUGCGUCCACCAGUCCAAGGCUGCUUACUUCAACAGGGCCUCUGCACUUUCGUCUGGAGCAUGUGGGUAUGGCUCUUUGGCUGUUGGCUUCAACGGUGGCUUUCUCGCAGCAGCCAUUCCUUCCCUCUACAAAGAUGGGGCUGGUUGUGGUGCUUGCUUUCAGAUAAGGUGCAAGAACGCGAAUCUGUGUACCAAAACAGGGACUAGAGUGAUCGUGACUGAUCUCAACCACAACAACAAGACAGACUUUGUGCUCAGCAGCCGAGCUUUCGCGGCCAUGGCUCACCAGGGGAUGAGCCAAGACAUCUUGAGACAAGGCAUUGUCGAUGUCGAUUACAAAAGAGUCCCAUGCGACUACAAGGACCAGAAUCUGGCCGUUCGGGUGGAGGAGUCGAGCCAAAAGCCACAUUACCUCGCCGUCAAAGUGCUGUACCAAGGCGGUCAGACUGAAAUCGUGGCCAUGGACGUAGCACAGGUUGGUUCAUCGUAUUGGAACUUCAUGAGCAGGAACCAUGGCGCCGUCUGGGACACGAGCCGCAUCCCCGAAGGGGCAUUGCAGUUCCGGUUCGUGGUGACCUCCGGUUACGACGGGAAGUGGAUUUGGGCCAAGAGCGUCCUCCCCGCAGAUUGGCAAAAUGGGGCUAUCUACGAUUCGGGAAUCCAAAUCUCCGAUAUCGCACAAGAGGGUUGCUCUCAAUGUGACGAUGGGAGCUGGUGAUGAGGAUUUUUGGACCGACCCUUGAUUUGAUUAUUGCCAAUACUGACCGUCUAUAUAGAUGAAUUAUCAUAUAGAUAACGUUCUUUUUCUGUUUUUGGACGAUCGAUGGGAUUUCUUCUGCAUAUAGUGAAUAAGAAGUAAUGGUGUACGAUUUGGGAA